AUGGAAAUGGAAUUGAUAUCAAGAGAAACCAUCAAACCCUCUUCACCCACUCCUUCUCACCUUAAAAUCUACAAACUCUCAUUCUUAGACCACAUCAUUUUCCGCAACUACAUCCCUGUCCUUUUCUUUUACCCCCCAAACAAUGCCCAUCAAUGUGACCAAACAUCAUUGCUCAAAAAGUCAUUAUCUCGAGUUCUAUCCAGAUACUACCCUUUCGCAGGUACAUUCAGAGACCAACUUUCCAUUGAUUGCAACGACCAAGGCGUGUUAUUACUCGUCACGAGGUUCCCACAAAACCUAUCAGAGAUUCUCCACAACCCCAAUGAAGCAUCGUUGAACCCUUUGUUCCCCGAUGAAUUGCACUGGAAGGCUAUGGACACAACUUCAACCAUCGUAGCCAUUCAAAUAAACCACUUUGCUUGCGGAGGAAUGGCAAUCGGCGUGUGCAUGUGUCACAAAGUUGCGGAUGCUGCCACUCUUUUCAACUUCGUCAAUGAUUGGGCCACGUUGAACCGCGAAGAAGGAACAGAGUUACCCUUCCCUGUUCUCGAUGCAGGGGAUUCCUUACUCCCACAUGGGGACCUGCCUAUUUUCCCAGAAGUUAUGUUCGCGAAAGACGACACAGUUUGUAAAAGGUUCGUGUUCGAUGCUUCCAAGGUUGAGUCACUCAAGGCCACGGUGUCCUCUCGCAACGUCAAGAAUCCCACGCGCGUGGAAGUUGUGACUGCAUUUAUUUACCAGCGUGCGGUUUCGGCGUUGGGGUUGAGUCGUAAAUCGACGUCGUUGCGCGCUGCUGUGAAUCUUCGGAAUAGAAUGGUUCCUCCACUGCCUGAGAAGUGCGUGGGGAACAUGGUUUGGGCCAUGUUCAUGGAGAAGGGCGAAACGGAACUUGAUGAGUUGGUGAGAAAAAUGAAAGAAAGGUUGCGUGAGUUUUGUGACACGUAUGGAAAGAAGUUUGGAGGGAAGGAGAAGGAUUUGAAGUUCAUCAACGAGUGCUUGAAGCGAGUUACUACUACUACUACUACUGGGGAGAGUGAAAGGGAAAGUAAAAAUCAAAGUAUGGUUCAUUAUUCGAGUUGGUGUAGGUUUCCGAUGUAUGAAGCUGAUUUUGGGUGGGGGAAACCGACGUGGGUGGGGACGAGUGGGUGUCCAAAGAAGAAUACGAUAGUUUUGAUGGAUACGAGUGAUGGGGUUGGCAUUGAAGCGAUUGUGAAUAUGGAAAAGGAAGAUAUGGCCAUGUUUGAAUGUGAUUCUCAGCUUCUUAAAUAUGCUUCUCUCAAUCCCCCAGUUCCACAUGCUAAUAGUUUUCCGUAA